AUGUACAUGCUUGCUUAUUUGAUGCUUCUCGUGGUUUCAGCUGUCUCCGGCGAUGGCUUCAUUGCUCGAGACAUGACCUUCCGGAACACGGCUGGGCCGCGGAAGCACCAGGGAGUUGCAUUCCGAUCAAGCUCAGACCGCUCGGUCUUGAAGGACCCGCUGUCGUACGUGCCCUCCGAGCGGCAUUUCUACCGCAACUGCGACAUCCACGGCACGGUCGACUUCAUCGUCGGCGACGCCCCUGAAGUCUUCCAGAAGUGCAGCAUUUACGUGAGGAAGCCGAUGAGAGGGGCCAGUCGAACACGGUGA